CAUGGCGCGUUCCUAGAAGCGGCUUUCGGCAUCAGUAGGCGGCGGCGUGUAGACAGCAAGCGUGGGGCGCGGGACCAACCGACGCCGCUUCGUGUUGGGGAGUCGAAGCAGGAGAGCUGGGCUAUACCGGACGGAACCAAGCGGUUUCCAUGGAUCUCAAUAGUGCCAGCAGUGUUGUUCUUCAGGUCUUAACGCAGGCCACCAGUCAGGAUACUACUGUGUUAAAGCCAGCGGAGGAGCAGUUGAAACAGUGGGAAACACAGCCGGGUUUCUAUUCAGUGUUGCUGAAUAUUUUCACAAACCACACUCUGGAUAUAAAUGUAAGGUGGCUUGCUGUGCUGUAUUUUAAAAAUGGAAUUGACCGUUACUGGAGACGCGUAGCACCUCAUGCUCUCUCAGAGGAGGAGAAAUCUACAUUGCGUGCAGGGCUAAUCACCAACUUCAAUGAACCAGUAAACCAGAUUGCAACUCAGAUUGCAGUGCUGAUUGCAAAGGUAGCUCGCUUGGACUGUCCCAGACAGUGGCCUGAACUGAUUCCCACUCUUAUAGAGUCUGUGAAAGUCCAAGAUGAUCUUCGACAGCACAGGGCAUUACUUACCUUCUAUCACGUUACCAAGACUCUGGCCUCUAAACGUCUAGCUGCUGAUAGAAAACUGUUUUAUGAUUUAGCUUCUGGAAUUUAUAAUUUUGCUUGCUCUCUGUGGAAUCACCACACAGACACAUUCCUUCAGCAAGUUUCUUCUGGCAAUGAAGCUGCUGUUGUUCUCAGUUCCCUAGAACGAACUCUGCUGUCAUUGAAAGUGCUGCGUAAGUUAACUGUUAAUGGAUUUGUGGAACCUCAUAAGAAUAUGGAAGUGAUGGGUUUUUUACAUGGAAUAUUUGACCGUCUAAAACAAUUUCUGGAAUGCAGUAGAAAUAUAGGUACAGAUAACGUGUGUAGAGAUAGAUUGGAAAAGACCAUUAUUCUUUUUACUAAAGUGCUUUUGGAUUUCUUGGAUCAACAUCCCUUUUCAUUUACUCCACUAAUUCAGAGGUCACUGGAAUUUUCUGUGAGCUAUGUAUUUACAGAAGUUGGUGAAGGGGUUACAUUUGAACGAUUCAUUGUCCAAUGCAUGAAUCUUAUUAAGAUGAUUGUCAAAAAUUAUGCUUAUAAGCCAUCCAAAAAUUUUGAAGAUAGCAGUCCUGAAACCCUUGAAGCUCAUAAGAUUAAGAUGGCAUUCUUCACAUACCCCACUUUGACAGAGAUUUGUAGAAGAUUAGUCUCUCAUUAUUUUCUGUUAACUGAAGAAGAACUGACAAUGUGGGAAGAAGAUCCAGAAGGCUUUACAGUGGAAGAAACAGGAGGAGAUUCUUGGAAAUACAGUUUGAGGCCUUGCACUGAAGUACUAUUUAUGGAUAUAUUCCAUGAAUACAAUCAGACUCUUACUCCUGUACUUCUAGAAAUGAUGCAAACACUUCAAGGGCCCACUAAUGUGGAAGAUAUGAAUGCACUAUUAAUCAAAGAUGCUGUGUAUAAUGCUGUUGGAUUGGCAGCUUAUGAGCUGUUUGACAGUGUUGAUUUUGAUCAGUGGUUUAAAAACCAACUACUUCCAGAAUUGCAAGUCAUUCACAAUAGGUAUAAGCCGUUACGACGCAGGGUGAUUUGGCUCAUUGGUCAGUGGAUUUCUGUGAAAUUCAAGUCUGAUUUAAGACCCAUGUUGUAUGAGGCAAUUUGUAACUUGCUUCAAGACCAAGACUUAGUGGUUCGUAUUGAAACAGCUACAACUCUGAAGUUAACUGUUGAUGAUUUUGAGUUUAGAACGGAUCAGUUUCUACCGUACUUGGAAACUAUGUUCACACUACUUUUUCAGUUAUUGCAGCAAGUUACAGAAUGUGACACAAAGAUGCAUGUUUUACAUGUCCUUUCUUGUGUGAUUGAAAGAGUCAACAUGCAGAUACGGCCGUAUGUAGGAUGUUUGGUGCAAUAUUUGCCUCUUCUUUGGAAGCAGAGUGAAGAACACAAUAUGUUGAGAUGUGCUAUUCUGACAACACUUAUUCAUCUUGUUCAGGGAUUAGGAGCAGACAGCAAGAACCUGUACCCUUUCCUGCUCCCAGUUAUUCAACUGAGUACAGAUGUUUCCCAGCCUCCACAUGUUUAUCUUCUGGAAGAUGGUUUAGAAUUAUGGUUAGUGACUUUGGAAAACAGCCCAUGUAUUACACCAGAGCUGCUUCGUAUAUUUCAGAAUAUGUCACCACUUCUUGAACUAAGUUCAGAAAAUCUCAGAACCUGCUUUAAGAUCAUCAAUGGUUAUAUCUUUUUAUCAUCAACAGAAUUUUUACAGACAUAUGCAGUAGGUCUGUGUCAGUCCUUUUGUGAGCUGCUAAAGGACAUUACCACAGAAGGUCAAGUUCAAGUACUCAAGGUGGUGGAAAAUGCCCUUAAGGUGAACCCAGUAUUAGGCCCACAAAUGUUUCAACCAAUUCUACCCUGUGUUUUCAGAGGUAUUAUAGAAGGGGAGAGAUACCCUGUAGUGAUGUCAACAUAUCUCGGAGUAAUGGGUCGAGUCCUGCUGCAAAACACUAGUUUCUUUUCCUCACUUCUUAGUGAGAUGGCACAUAAAUUUAAUCAGGAGAUGGACCAGCUCUUGGGAAAUAUGAUUGAAAUGUGGGUUGAUCGCAUGGACAACAUUACCCAGCCUGAAAGAAGAAAACUUUCAGCUUUGGCUUUGCUUUCUCUUCUACCAUCUGAUAAUAGACUUACAUCCAAGGGUCCUUAAGCCAUUGUCUUCAUUGACUCAUCUUCAGGCAAAUUCUAAUCCUUGGGAAUGUAACUGCAAACUGUCGGGCCACGCGACUGGCUAGCAUCUUCAGCCAUUACCCUAAACAUCCAUUGUCAGAACCCCCCAUCCAUGCCUGGCAGUGCAUUGCAUUACAUUACGCGGACAAACUUUACAGAUCGCGGUACAUCUUCGACAAACAUAUCCAGAGCUUGGGCUAUAAAAUCUCUUCAUAUUCAUCACAAGACCACUGUGUUAAUGAUGGCCUGGCGUAAAGUAACCACAAUUGGGGAACAUUUGGAAAAUGCUGAGAGCGUUACUUUCGGGGAACAAAUUCAUACUUCACCUGCCAGUAGACUUUUUCAAGAGAAUACCUUUGGUAAUCCACUAGAGACUACUGCAGUGUUACCUGUGCAAAUACAGCUUACUUCUUCUGUUAACUUGAACUUGGAGAAAAACAGAGUUCUACCAGUUGACGAUGCUUCAGUGUCAGGGAAAACAUCUCUAAUUUGUACGCAAGAAGUUGAAAGGUUAAAUGAGGCUUUUGACAUUUUGCUAGCUUUAUUUAUCUUAGCUUGUGUUUUGAUCAUGUUUUUGAUCUACAAAGUUGUUCAGUUUAAACAAAAACUAAAGACACCAGAAAACUCGGGGGAAAAUAGACUUGAAUAUUACAGCUUUUAUCAGUCGGCGAGGUAUAAUGUGACUGCUUCAAUUUGUAACACUUAUCCAAAUGCUCUUGAAAGCCCUGGUUUGGAGCAGAUUCGACUUCAUAAAGAAAUUGUUCCUGAAAAUGAUGCACAGGUCAUUCUCUUUGAACAUUCUGCUUUAUAAUUCAACUCAGUAAUGGCUGUAAGAAAACUUAAGUGCUGUGGACGUGAAUAAUGUUGAAGCCUCCUUGUAGAAUUAUAAACUUUAUCUGGAAAUAUGAUGAAUU